GGCCGUGGCAGCCCGGGCACAGACCAAGAUCUGUGUUGUGAAUGCGACAUCUAGCUUCAGCGGAGUAAUUAUUACCUCCGCCUCCUACGUUCAAAGGGGAAUAAAACAUUGUUUUGUGUGUAGUUUCCUCGUGGUUGCUGUGUGGAGCCUGCCGCCACACACCCACUCCUCAACAACGACGGCUUUUGCUUGCAUCUUCCAGUGCUUCUUCUGUCAGCAAGUUCAGCAGAGCUGCUGCUCGUCCGCCGCUAGCCCGGACGCCGCAGCCCCCGGCACAUCAGCCAAUCACAGCCCAGAGCCCCGCCCAUGUGACAUGGUGAAGAUGACCAAGUCGAAGACGUUUCAGGCCUACCUGCCCUCGUGUCAUCGCACCUACAGCUGUAUACACUGUCGGGCACACCUGGCCAACCACGACGAACUCAUCUCUAAGUCAUUCCAAGGAAGCCAGGGGAGAGCCUACCUCUUUAACUCUGUUGUGAAUGUGGGCUGUGGGCCGGCCGAGGAGCGGGUUCUCCUAACAGGUUUACAUGCCGUCGCUGACAUCUACUGUGAGAACUGUAAAACCACUCUGGGAUGGAAAUACGAACAUGCAUUUGAGAGCAGUCAGAAGUACAAGGAGGGGAAGUUCAUCAUCGAGCUGGCUCACAUGAUUAAAGACAAUGGCUGGGAGUGACAUCACUUCCUGUCUCCGGCCCUUUAAUGACCUCUGACCUAUCAGAGCUCUGGAUCUAUCAGACUUCACAGAGCGACAACCAAUCACCAUCAACCACUCACCGUGCCGCCCCCUCCUAACACACACAAAAACACACCCUUCACACACACAGUCCCUGCUGGUUGUGAAACUAAACAUGAUGCUGUUGAACUGGAGAGACGAGUAGCCUAUUGGGGGUUGGACCUUCAAUGAAGACCAUGUGAUCUCACCAGCCAAUGACAGACAACCUCCUUCAUCAACCAGGCCCCACCCACCUCACUGGCGUUGGCACUCAGUUACACGGCUGCCAUGGCGAUGUGAGAGAGAGGAUAACAUGAUAACGUUCUACUACCCUCUUCCUCCUCUGACCCGGGAGGAAGAGGAGGUGUUGCAGGAAGGAAGGGGACAGGGUGGCACAGUGGGGGGAGGGUUCUCCUUGUGUUUUAAUCUUUGAUUUAUCCGUGAAUAUUUUUAUUUUUCAAUAUUUUUUUUCCAGUCUUUGAUCUUUAAUGAUGACUUCACUGUGUGGGACGUCCCGGUAACCGCUAACCACAAACGUGCCCGGUAACACCCCAAAACGUACCCCGAGCAGAGAGGCGGGGAAAGAUUGAUAUUAUAUGUAGAUAGAUGUGUUUUAUCCAACAGCAUUGUGGCUGGCUCCAUAUAGCAACAGUACUAUUAGAUAAGGUUUACCAGAGGAGAUAGAGGGAGGACUAUGUUUCCCAAAUGGCACUCUCUGCCUUGGUGCACUACCCUAUGGGCCCUGGUCUAAAGUAGAGCACUAUGUAGGGAAUAGGGUGCAAUUUGGGACACAGCCUAGAACAGGCUUGACAACCACAGAACACACCCACGCUUCAUAUUGUGUUACAACCUGAACUAAACUAACCAUCACACCCACGCUUCAUAUUGUGUUACAACCUGAACUAAACUAACCAUCACACCCACGUAGUUCACAACCUGAACUAAACUAACCAUCACACCCACACUUCAUAUUGUGUUACAACCUGAACUAAACUAACUAUCACACCUAGGCUUCAUAUUGUGUUACAACCUGAACUAAACUAACCAUCACACCCACGUAGUUCACAACCUGAACUAAACUAACCAUCACACCCACGCUUCAUAUUGUGUUACAACCUGAACUAAACUAACCAUCACACCCACGUAGUUCACAACCUGAACUAAACUAACCAUCACACCCACGUAGUUCACAACCUGAACUAAACUAACCAUCACACCCACGCUUCAUAUUGUGUUACAACCUGAACUAAACUAACCAUCACACCCACGUGGUUCACAACCUGAACUAAACAAACCAUCACACCCACAUAGUUCACAACCUGAACUAAACUAACCAUCACACCCACGUAGUUCACAACCUGAACUAAACUAACCAUCACACCCACGUAGUUCACAACCUGAACUAAACUAACCAUCACACCCACGUAGUUCACAACCUGAACUAUACUAACCAUCACACCCACGUAGUUCACAACCUGAACUAAACUAACCAUCACACCCCCGUAGUUCACAACCUGAACUAAACUAACCAUCACACCCACGUAGUUCACAACCUGAACUAAACUAACCAUCACACCCACGUAGUUCACAACCUGAACUAAACUAACCAUCACACCCCCACGUAGUUCACAACCUGAACUAAACUAACCAUGUGCAUGUAUAGAGUCUAUUUAGAGAUAUGUGAUAUACAUUUGUAUGGACAUUUAUUCUCAUGCAUAUAUAUACAGGUAACUGCCAAAGUAAAGGAAACACCAACAUAUAGUGUCUCAAUAGGGCGUUGGGCCUCCACCAAUCAGAACAGCUUCAGUCCAUCUUGGCAUGAAUUCUACAAGUGUCUGGAAUUCUAUUGGAGGGAUGAGACGCCAUUCUUCCACGAGAAAUUCCACCAUUUUGUGUUUUUUUGUUGAUGAUGGUGAAAAACGCAGUCUCAUGUGUUGCUCCUGAAUCUCCCGGUAGUGUUCAAUUGGGUUGAGAUCUGGUGACUGAGACGGCCACGACAUAUGGUUUUUCACCCUAAGCAUGAUGGGAUGUUAAUUGCUUAAUUAACUCAGGAAACACCAGCUUUCAAUCCCUCAUUUCCUCCAGUGUUUCCAUUAUUCUGUCAGUUCCCUGUACAUAUACAGUAUCAUGUAUUGUAUGUAUAUGAGCAGAAUGUCUACUAGUGUGUUGCCCACCUUCAACACAGUGGCAGACUGGAAGGCAGAUACUUAGUUUGUACUUGCAGAGGCCUUUGGUUCAUAGGUUUAGAGGCAAAAGUCUGUCUGUCUUAUCUGUCUCUUUUAAGGCCUUUCCUCCGAUGAUUAAAAGAUUGUAUGAGAUGCUGAAUGAUAUUGAGGGGUUGCUGGCGAGAUCAUCUCCCUAUUAGUUAUUAGAUCAAUUAAAUAUCGCUGCUUUACUCGUUCCUAUGCUUCCCCAAUCCUGCUUUACUCGUUUCUACACGUCCCCAAUCCUGCUUUACUCGUUUCUACACGUCCCCAAUCCUGCUUUACUCGUUCCUAUGCUUCCCCAAUCCUGCUUUACUCGUUCCUAUGCUUCCCCAAUCCUGCUUUACUCGUUUCUACACGUCCCCAAUCCUGCUUUACUUGUUCCUAUGCUUCCCCAAUCCUGCUUUACUCGUUCCUAUGCUUCCCCAAUCCUGCUUUACUCGUUCCUAUGCUUCCCCAAUCCUGCUUUGCUCGUUCCUAUGCUUCCCCAAUCCUGCUUUACUCGUUUCUACACGUCCCCAAUCCUGCUUUACUCGUUCCAAUGCUUCCCCAAUCCUGCUUUGCUCGUUCCUAUGCUUCCCCAAUCCUGCUUUACUCGUUUCUACACGUCCCCAAUCCUGCUUUACUCGUUUCUACACGUCGCCAAUCCUGCUUUACUCGUUCCUAUGCUUCCCCAAUCCUGCUUUACUCGUUCCUAUGCUUCCCCAAUCCUGCUUUACUCGUUCCUAUGCUUCCCCAAUCCUGCUUUACUCAUUCCUAUGCUUCCCCAAUCCUGCUUUACUCAUUCCUAUGCUUCCCCAAUCCUGCUUUACUCAUUCCUAUGCUUCCCCAAUCCUGCUUUACUCGUUCCUAUGCUUCCCCAAUCCUGCUUUACUCGUUCCUAUGCUUCCCCAAUCCUGCUUUACUCAUUCCUAUGCUUCCCCAAUCCUGCUUUACUCAUUCCUAUGCUUCCCCAAUCCUGCUUUACUCGUUCCUAUGCUUCCCCAAUCCUGCUUUACUCGUUUCUACACGUCCCCAAUCCUGCUUUACUCGUUCCUAUGCUUCCCCAAUCCUGCUUUACUUGUUCCUAUGCUUCCCCAAUCGGUGAUCCGACCUAAAUCAAGGGUUUAUAAUCUCACCCGAGUCACUUUAAAUCACUUUGAACAUCCUCGGCAUGAACAAUGUUCCCUUUUUUCCACAGAAAAGUAAAUAAUAAUGUUCAUUGCAAUUCUUUGCUGCUAUGAGAGAAAUUACAAUCCUUCAUCCUUUCUCUUCCCUUCGUUCUGGAGAUCUUUUUUUUGCACUUUAUGCCUGGCGCACGGUUGCACGGUUGCUUCUCUCUCUGUGUUCUCGUCCUCGUCGUUAGUUUGCCUCUAAGCUGAAUGAAUCGUGUGCCUCUCUUCCUAUUUUCUCCUGACUUUCUCCUGUGUUGUGCCGUGCACAACUAUAAACUACGAGCCACCAAAAAAAGCUCAAACCCACAUCGAUAGAUACAAAUAGAUAGAUUGAUAGAUAAAUACUUUACGGGUGAAAACUGAGCGUUCAAUGGCUGCUGUGCCUCAAGAAUAGUAGAUUAUAUAUAGGCUACACGUAUCGGUGUGGGGGGGGGGGAUCAGACCUCGAUAAUAAUCUAUAUUGGUGUCGUAGCAGGUAGGGGGAGGGUUGGGGUUUUUAGAAUGAGGUGCGAUCGCUCACAUUGCCGAUCAGGUCAGUCAGGUCACAUGACCUAUUAUUAAUCCGUAAGACAAGGACAAUGCAAACCUGACCGAGUUGGAUGGUUAGAGAUCUCCUACUUGAAUAUAUAAAACCAGUACAGUACAGACCUGUUACAGUACAGACCUGUUACACUCUGUAUAUAGAGGAACAUAUUGAAGGUUUCUAUUGGCUCCUUUACUGCUUUGAUUCAACUGUACCUCUGGCUGUAAACGUGUGUGUGUGUGUGUGUGUGUGUGUGUGUGUGUGUGUGUGUGUGUGUGUGUGUGUGUGUGUGUGUGUGUGUGUGUGUGUGUGUGUGUGUGUGUGUGUGUGUUUCCUCUAUUUUGCAUUUUACGUUUAAGGUGAUUAUAUAUUUUCCUUGUUUUCUUUUUUCAUCCGUUUGUUUAUGUCUCCCCUCUCCCAGCGAUCUGGGGGCUUGACGGCCAGCUGGGGUUUAUGUCUGCCCUCUCCCAGCGAUCUGGGGGCUUGACGGCCAGCUGGGGUUUAUGUCUCCCGUCUCCCAGCGAUCUGAGGGCUUGACGGCCAGCUGGGGUUUAUGUCUGCCCUCUCCCAGCGAUCUGGGGGCUUGAUGGCCAGCUGGGGUUUAUGUCUCCCCUCUCCCAGCGAUCUGGGGGCUUGACGGCCAGCUGGGGUUUAUGUCUCCCCUCUCCCAAAGAUCUGGGGGCUUGACGGCCAGCUGGGGUUUAUGUCUCCCCUCUCCCAGAGAUCUGGGGGCUUGACGGCCAGCUGGGGUUUAUGUCUCCCCUCUCCCAGCGAUCUGGGGGCUUGAUGGCCAGCUGGGGUUUAUGUCUCCCCUCUCCCAGCGAUCUGGGGGCUUGACGGCCAGCUGGGGUUUAUGUCUCCCCUCUCCCAGCGAUCUGGGGGCUUGACGGCCAGCUGGGGUUUAUGUCUCCCCUCUCCCAGCGAUCUGGGGGCUUGACGGCCAGCUGGGGUUUAUGUCUCCCCUCUCCCAGCGAUCUGGGGGCUUGACGGCCAGCUGGGGUUUAUGUCUCCCCUCUCCCAGCGAUCUGGGGGCUUGACGGCCAGCUGGGGUUUAUGUCUCCCCUCUCCCAGCGAUCUGGGGGCUUGACGGCCAGCUGGGGUUUAUGUCUCCCCUCUCCCAGCGAUCUGGGGGCUUGACGGCCAGCUGGGGUUUAUGUCUCCCCUCUCCCAGCGAUCUGGGGGCUUGACGGCCAGCUGGGGUUUAUGUCUGCCCUCUCCCAGCGAUCUGGGGGCUUGACGGCCAGCUGGGGUUUAUGUCUCCCCUCUCCCAGCGAUCUGGGGGCUUGACGGCCAGCUGGGGUUUAUGUCUCCCCUCUCCCAGCGAUCUGGGGGCUUGAUGGCCAGCUGGGGUUUAUGUCUCCCCUCUCCCAGCGAUCUGGGGGCUUGAUGGCCAGCUGGGGUUUAUGUCUCCCCUCUCCCAGCGAUCUGGGCUUGAUGGCCAGCUGAAUAGUUUCUUUAGAAAUUGUAUUAUUUUACUCUGUGUGUGUUUAGGUCCCGCUGGGUAGGGCUGGGGUGAAAGGUCCAUUAAAAGCUGGUAUGGCCUCUAGGGCCCUAAUGUUUGACCUGCGCUGAACUCUGUCGACUGUAGAAGUAUAUGGGGAGCUGGAUAAUCCCUCAAAUUUACAGAACAGAAGAGCGUUGACCUAGGCUCUUUCUUUCUUUCCAACAAUCAAUAUCCCCUGUAUACACAUCUCUCUCUCUCUCUCUCUCUCUCUCUCUCUCUCUCUCUCUCUCUCUCUCUCUCUCUCUCUCUCUCUCUCUCUCUCACUCUCUCACUCUCUCGUUAAUCCAAAUAGCACACAGGAAAAACAGUCACCAGUGUCACUGUCAGUUUAUACCAAAUAUAACAUUGUUACUAGAUUUCUAGAGAACUGGUGUCACAACUAAAGCUAAAAAGCCAAUCGGACAGGGGUCGUGGAUGUUGUUUGUUAGAGCUUUCAGACCACUCGUACAAAAAACCCAAACUUAUUCCGGAACCUGUCAGGUGUGACUUCUCACUAGUUCUCUAGAAUCAUUCUGUAGAACGUUCUACAGUUGUUCUGUAUUCUGGAACUUCUUUCAGAAAUAAUGUAAAAAGCCAGUCAUUUGCUGUGAAGGAUGCUUGUUUAUUUCCCCAGAUAUUAUUAGUUGUUUUGGUGACACUGGCACCGACUUCUGACAUAGUUUCUUUUAGAUCUACAGGAGAUAUUAACCACAGGCCGUGUCCCAAAUCACAUUCCCUACCUAUUUGCUCUACUCGAUAAAGUAUUAUAGGGAAUAGGGUCCCGUUUGGGAUGUUGGAACAGAGAGCUGAUGACGAGAUAAGUAUUGGCGAUGUUAUUAUCCCUGAGAAGAGAUGAUUAAAACUAUAUGAUAGGUAUACAAAGGAAACGAUUGUAACGUUUGAUAAAUGUGUUAAAAUUGUUCAAAUGAAAAUAGGUCUAAAGUUUGCUGUAUUUAUAAUGGCUGUAUUAAGUCGUGCCUGGUUCUCUUUUUCUUUCUUCAAACACAUUAUAUAUGCUUUCUUUUUACUUGACUACAAUUUAUUUUGCGUUCUGUAUGUAUGUUUUCACUGUAUUGUAAAAUUAUCAGAUAUCACAAUAAACUUUAAAUGGCAUUCGA